AGCAAGGGAUCAAGCACUCCACUCAACCCAAUCGACAGUCACCAUGGCAGACUUCAAAGCCCCAACUAAUCUCGAGGAGCUUGAUGCUCAGCUCGCCAAUGAUAGACGGAUCAAAGUCGCGGGGAUUGAUGCUGACGGUGUGUUGCGCGGCAAGGUCAUGUCAAAGGAGAAGUUUCUGUCUGCGGCAAAAACAGGCUUCGGCUUUUGCUCCGUAAUCUUCGGCUGGGAUAUCGUGGACGCAAACUAUUACCGCGAUUCUGCUUUUUCUCAUGCCGGAAACGGUUUUGCAGACAUCGAAGCCGUGAUUGAUUUAAGCUCUUUCCGUAGGAUUCCGUGGGAAGGAAACAUCCCGUUUUUCUUAGUUUCUUUCAACGGAGCUGAUGGCAAGCCCCUGUCCGUCUGCCCGCGUACUCUUUUGAGGAGCGUUGUGGAUAAGUUUAGAGAUCUUGGUUACGAACCGAUGAGCGGCAUCGAGUAUGAAUUCUUUCAGUUUAAGGAGACGGCCCAUUCGCUCGCUGAAAAGAAGGGCGUGGAUCUUCAGGCUCUGACACCUGGAAUGUUUGGGUAUUCCAUCACUCGUCCAUCGCUGAACCAGGAGUAUUUUUAUAAGAUCUUCGAUCAAUGCGAGGAGCUCCGCUGUGACCUUGAAGGGCUACAUACAGAGACCGGACCGGGAGUAUAUGAAGCUGCCUUGGCAUAUACUACCGCUUCAGAAAUCGCUGAUCGUGCUACGUUAUUCAAGCUUGCUUGCAAGAACAUUGGUGUUCAAUAUGGCAUCACACCGUCGUUUAUGGCCAAGCCGUAUGCGAACCAGCCGGGGACCAGCGGACAUACGCAUGUGUCUUUGGUGGACAUGAAGACGGGCAAGAAUGCUUUCACGAGGGAUGAAGAAGAUCCGAAUGCGCCGUAUGCUGACAUUAGGCACUUGAGUGACGUUGGCCGCCACUUUUUGGCAGGUGUUGUUGAGGGCUUACCCGAUGUGAUGCCCAUGUUCUGUCCUACGAUCAACUCGUACAAGAGGCUUGUCGAAGGCGUCUGGGCCCCAGUUACUCAAUCAUGGGGCUUCGAGAAUCGCGUUGCAAGUGUCCGUUUGAUUGGCCCUCCAACUGCUUCCCCGAAAGCCACGAGGAUUGAGUUCCGUGUUCCGGGAGCAGAUAUGCAUCCUCAUUAUGCCCUCGCCACCAUUCUGGCCCUGGGUCUCCGAGGUAUUGAGAAGAAGCUCGAGCUCAACAUCCCGCCCUUGGAUGAGAAAUCCUCUAGGGAGUUUCUGGGAGCCCGCUUGGCCAAGAAUCUUCGCACGGCUACGGAGCUGUUCAAGAGGAAGGAGAGCAUUGCGCGGGAGGUCCUUGGUGAUGAGUUCGUGGACCAUUACGCCUUGACCAGAGAGCACGAAUGCAAGGUGUUUGACGAAGCAGUGACUGACUGGGAGUUGAAACGCUAUCUCGAGAUGGUGUAGGCAUGGUAGUACUGGCUCGAUUGUUAUUCCAGAGUGAGUAGUAUGCUACAAGCAGCAGCAGAUGUAAUUGAUACCACAAUAAAAUAUCCAUAACUUCAAC